AAAAUGCUUACUCCAAAUGAAUUUCAGUUGAAAAUGCCAGUGGCACCAUUAGGUUCAUCAGGAAAAACCAUUCCUAUUUUAGGGUUUGGAACAGCUGAAUACCCUUUUGGAAACUUUGAAGCUGUGAAACAAUCUGUCCUUUAUGCAAUCAAACUCGGUCAUCGUCACUUCGAUACUGCAGCCAUUUACCAAUCUGAGAAGCCUCUUGGCGAAGCAAUCUCGGAAGCUUUGAGGCUUGGAUUGAUCAAAUCGCGCCGAGAAUUGUUUAUCACUUCAAAGCUUUGGUCCAGUGAUACACACCAUGACCUUGUUCUUCCUGCUAUGCGUAAAACUCUCAUGAAUCUGGGAUUGGAGUAUCUUGAUCUGUAUCUAAUCCAUUUUCCAGCAAGUUUAAACCCGGGUGUUGAUGAGGUACCUUUUGACAAAGAAGAUAUUAUGGCCAUGGACAUGGUUCCUGUUUGGAAAGCCAUGGAAGAGUGUCAGAAUCUUGGCCUUACAAAGUCUAUAGGAGUAAGUAAUUUCACAUGUAAGAGGCUAGAGGAAUUGCUUGCCAUUGCCUCGAUCCCUCCUGCUGUUAAUCAAGUGGAAAUCAACCCACAUUGGCAACAAAAAAAGCUAAGGGAGUACUGUACAGAAAAGGGGAUACAUGUUACAGCUUUCUCACCUUUGGGGGCUAGAGGAACUCCUUGGGGAAGUAAUCGCGUUAUGCAAUGUCAAAUUUUGAAUGAGAUUGCUGAAACCAAGGGAAAGACAGUUGCUCAGGUUUGUUUAAGAUGGGUUUAUGAGCAAGGAGUAAGUCUCGUGGUGAAAAGUUUCAAAGAGGAAAGGAUUGCAGAAAACCUUGACAUAUUAGAUUGGAAGCUUACUGCAGAGGAGUUGAGGAAGAUAAGUCAGAUUCGACAGAAGAGAGGUCUUUUGGCUGAGCAAUACGUCUCAGAAAAUGGUCCUUACAAGUCCACCAUGGAGAUUUGGGACAAUGAGAUCUAAUUACUAGUUAAUAAUCUUUUCAAUAAGAAAUUGGUUU